GCUCCUUAAGUCCAUCUGGUAUGCAAAUCGUUCACGCUAAAAUGCCAAUCUUCUCCUAAUGCCCGCUGUCAACGAUCAACAUAGUUCCACAUCACUCUGACCUGGCAUAUGGCUCGUGGGGCUCUUGCUAGCUGGUAGACAUAAUAAUAGCAAAACCAGCAGUCGAAAAACUAAUACAUGAAUACUAAUUCGAAAUUCGACUGUCCUCUUGCCUUCUACUUGGAAUUGGUUUCAUUAACACUAUCAAUCACUAAACGGGGUUGUUUUCUUCCUCAUUCUAGCUAAAAUGGACCAUCAAUAUGAAUGCAAAGACAAACCCGACAGCGACAGCUCCCAGACAUGCUUUGAAACCGCACAGGAUUUUGCAUCUGAUAAUGCGUCUCAGGACCUAGAAAGGACUCAGAAUGACGAGACCGCAGCUCGCAUAGCAGAGAAGGAAGAUGCCAUUCGCCGAGCGUGUGAGAUGCGCGAUUUGGAUGCGUUGGUCUCUUAUGCCACUUCAGAAGGGGGUUUCAUUCGCGAUGACAUCAGACAACUAGCUUGGCCUAUUCUUCUUCAAAGUGACAGAGAUCCUGAAGUUGGCGCCUGGGAAGACUUGUCGCCGCAUGCAGAUGAAGACCAAGUUCAACUUGAUGUGAACAGGUCAUUUGUUUAUUAUCCUAAUUGCACUGAUGGCGAGCUAUCCUUAAAGAAGAACGAGCUGUCAUAUUUAAUCAAGCAAGUACUACGGCAUUACCCAAUGCUUUGCUAUUUUCAAGGAUAUCACGAUAUCGUGCAAGUUUUGCUCUUGGUACUCGGGGGGCAAAAGGCAGCCCCAGCAGUCACGCGACUGUCGCUCUUUCGGAUAAGAGAUUAUAUGCUGCCAUCCCUUGCACCAACGGUGAAGCACUUGCAGCUCAUUCCAGCCAUCAUGGAGAAGGCUGAUCCCGUCCUACGACGCCACCUUGCGGAUAUCAAACCGUUCUUUGCACUGGCGGCGACUCUUACAUUAUAUGCUCACGAUAUACAAGAGUAUAGUGACAUUGCCCGGCUAUUUGACUUUCUACUGGCUCGAGAGCCCGUCGUCUCUAUUUACCUUUUCGUUGCUAUCGUUCUUUCCCGUAAGAAGGAGUUGCUGGAAAUCCCUGAAGACGAACCUGAAAUGCUACAUUUCACACUCUCCAAGCUUCCGUGCCCUCUAGAUCUCGAGGGCUUGAUAUCGAGUACCGUACAACUUUUCAAUGACUACCCGCCGGAAUCACUACCGUUUGGGGCUUGGAGGAAGCUGCCUUUGGCCAGUGUACUGAAGAGUACUCGAGAUAUAUUUGGGAAGCAAAAUACACAAGAAGCGAUAGAUCUUUUUGAUAGACAAGUACGGCAACUGCGCUAUGAGGAGCGGAAGGAGAAAGUGGUUGGCUUCUUGUGGCAGCACAAGAGGACAAUCGGAACCGUGGCCGUCACAAUUUUGGUUGGUGCUAUAUCAGUAUGGAUGAGGAAGAAGGGAUUUGACACGACCAUAUGGUCGUAUAUCAAUAGAUUCAAGCUGGCAUUCCAAUCCCACGGCUUCUAGCCUUCCACUGGAUUUUUUUGGGUGGAGAAGAGGGGUUCCGGCUAAAAUGGCGCGCGCGCGCGCGUGUGUGUGUAAAUAACCACCUUACUAUACUAUUAUGUGUAAGACUAUCUGGGUGACCAA